AUGGCAUACGUCGCCACCCUAUCCCCUCAUCACGCCUGCAGACAGAGUGCUCAUCUCCGUGCCGCUGUCUCUCCUUCUCUCCGCGCCCACCGCCCUGAAAGACCCCCUCUAUGGCGCCUUUCUGCGCCGCCUGCACUCCCAGGGCCUGCUGGACCACCGCAUGCUCACCCUUACUCCCAUUCCCCCAUUUCUCCCAUCUUCCCUUCCCCGAUCCCCUUACGCAUUCUCCCCUACAUCAUCCCCGCACCUGGAGAUGCAGUUCUCAUCUCCGUGCCGCUGUCUCUCCUUCUCUCCGCGCCCACCGCCCUGAAAGACCCCCUCUAUGGCGCCUUUCUGCACCGCCUGCACUCCCAGGGCCUGCUGGACCACCGCAAACUCACCCUUACUCCCAUUCCCCCAUUUCUCCCAUCUUCCCUUCCCCGAUCCCCUUACGCAUUCUCCCCUACAUCAUCCCCACACCUGCAGAUGCAGUUCUCAUCUCCGUGCCGCUCUCUCUCCUCCUCUCCGCACCCACGGCCCUGCAAGACCCCCUCUACGGCACCUCUCUGCGCCGCCUGCACUCCCAGGGCCUGCUGGACCACCGCAUGCUCACCCUCACUCCCAUCCCCUAUAUUUCCCCAUUUUUCCCAACCCCCCUACGUCACCACCCCCUACUCUUCCCCCUCGCUCAGACACAGUGCUCAUCUCCGUGCCGCUCUCUCUCCUCCUCUCCGCGCCCACUGCCCUGCAAGACCCCAUCUAUGGCGCCUCUUUGCGCCGCCUGCACUCCCAGGGCCUGCUGGACCACCGCAUGCUUGUGCUGCUCCUGCUGCUGCUACAUCGAUGCCACCAGAAAGAACACUCCUUCUGGGCUCCGUAAGUUCUUCAGUUCGAGUAUUCGGAAAUAUCCUCUCUCUCCAGCCUGCUCUCCCAGGGCCUGCUGGACCACCACAUGCUCGUGCUCCUCCUGCAGCUGCUGCACUGCACCGCUGCCACCAGAAAGAACGCUCCUUCUGGGCUCCCUACCUCUCCUGCCUGCCACAGUGCUUUGACUCGCCUCUGUGGUUCGACCAGGCCACGUUGGAGGAGCUGCGAGGCACUCCUCUGUACAACGCUGCAUGUGCGCAGAGGGCCAACUUGAGGCGUGUGUACGAGGAGCAGGUGGAGCCAAUCUUUGCUGCUGUGGUGGUCGAAGCAGAGGGGGAGCAGAACAGUGGCGAUGCCUCCAGCUGCAUCUCCUUGGACGAUUUUCUCUGGGCCAAUUCCAUUUUCUGGUCGCGAGCUCUAACCCUCCAGCUCGCUCCCAGCCUCUCUGCCUAUGUCAACAUCGCUGUGCCGGAUGCUGAUGGUGGACAUGCUGGUGCUGGUGAUGCCGCUGCUGGUGCUGCUGUUUCUGAUGCUGAUCCUGCUGCUGAUGGUGCGGAUGGUGCCGAUGCUGUAGACGCCCCUUCAGCGUCCUCCCCACCACACAGUCUAGAGGCGAUUGUCCCAGGAGUUGACUUCUGCAAUCACUCCCUUCUGCCCUGUGCUCGGUGGGAGGUUCUCACAGCCAACCAGCUUACCCACUCUUCUGGAAACAAUGGCAGUUGGGGAGACGACCAUGGGAAGGGAAAAGAGGAAGGAAGAGGAGAUGGAGCAGUAGCAGGUUCAGCAUCGGGCUCACAUCCAGUUCAACAUAUGGCCAAAUCUGACGCUGUGUGCCUGCUGCAAGUAGUGCCUCCUGUGCAAGGCAACGAGGUUACCAUCAGCUAUGGGGAGAAGGGCAACGAGGAGCUUCUGUUUCUUUAUGGCUUCGCCAUUCCCAACAACCCCCACGAGCGCCUCAUGCUCAACUACCCCCCGGCACAGCUUCAGGAAGACCCAUGCGCCGAGACCAAGCUACAGCUCUUGGCCGUGCAGUGCCUCUUAAACAAAAGUCCCAUAGCAUCUUCAAACUGGACUGUGAUACCCAUGCUGCCAGUCACUUCCUCUCGUCUAUGUCUGCAAUCAUGCUCUGUCCCCCUUAUAGGACCUCUCACUACAAUGGAUCAUUCCGCGUUCCUCCAAGUAUCCAACAACGAUUGCCAGUAUGCCGGUGCUUCAUCUGCCAGGAGUCGGAAGGAGCAGGAGCGAGGGGAGAAGCAGGGGCAGGAGGACAAGCAGGGGCAGGAGGACAAGCAGGGGCAGGAGGACAAGCAGGGGCAGGAUGAGGUGCAGGUGCAGCAGGGACAGCAUAAGGAGGAGGAGGGUGGGGGGGAGCAAGAGGGGAGUGAGCAUGGGGAUGUGUUUCCCUCUAGCUUGAUGGCAGCACUGCGAGUGCUCUCACUCACAGAAGCCCAGUUGGAUGCUGCCACGUCAGCACUCCUGGAGGUACGCAAGGCUGACGUGGAUAUGACACCCAAGCGGCAAAACUUACCCAUCGCAUCCCUUCCCUUCCACCCUGCAUGGCAGCGCAAGGCAGCAGCAGGGGAGGGGGCUCUAAGCCCUGAGGACGCAAGCGAGGCAGUGAGAGAGGCAGCGGGGGGGGAUGCACAGGCGCUGCUGCUGCUGCAACAACUUCUGCAGCAUAGGAAUGACAGCAUGGUGCAGGGCACGGGGACUGCUGAAGAGAACACUGCAUGGCUCAACGCACAUGCACACAUUGAUGAGCCGAAGUCACCUCACAUCCUUUUCACUCCCUGCUCUCAGGCUUGA